AUGGUCUACGUGACCAAAAGAGCCGAGUUAGCACAUUCCGAAGGCCCCGGACGGACUGUUGGACGGCAGUCGAGUCUGAUUAACCACAAUUGUGAAAUAAGCAAUACUGCAGCAUUAUCUGAAGCGACUGAACCUAUUCCUUCUGCACUAGAUUCUCCAAGUACAAGUAACAUAUCACCACAGAAAGAUUUAUCAAAACCGAUAAAUUCCAAAUAUGAUAUUGGUCUUUAUGUAAAUUAUGUUGAUUCAUUACCAAAUGAAGAAAAGGUUUCAAUUUUAAAUAAUGUAUGGACACCUGAUCCUAAUUUCAUUUUUCCAACUCAAAGUCAUGCUAAAUUUAAAAGACAAUUUCAAAUCAAAUGGCUUAAUACAUUUAAUUGGUUAGCAUAUUCUAAAUGUAAAGAAGGAGCCUUUUGUAAAUACUGUGUUCUUUUUCUCAACCAAAAUCAAGUUGGGAAAGGUUCUCAUGAAUCUUUAGGUGGAUUAGUUACUAAACCUUAUACAAAUCUAAAAAAAGCUUUGGAAACAUUUAGAUGUCACGCUAGUUAUAGUUAUCACCGCACUGCUGUAUUGAAUGCCGAUAAUAUUAUUGCAAUUCUAAACAAUAAACAAGAUAAUGUUUUGGUUCAGUUAAAUAAUCAACUUAAAGAGGAUAUUUUACAAAAUCGUAAUAUGCUCAAGCCUAUCAUUCAGACUAUACGAUUGUGCGGUAGACAACAAUUUGGUUUAAGAGGGCAUCAAGAUUCUGGUCGUAUAUCAAUGAAAGAACCAAUUCAAAAUGACGGAAAUUUUCGUUGUCUUUUGAGACAUCGUGCACAACAUGGUGAUAGUACGCUAAAAAAAUAUUUGGAAAAUUGUAGUUCUAAUGCCAUGUAUACAAGUCCACUUAUCCAAAAUGAAAUUAUCAACAUUUUUGGCGAACUUAUUCAAUCAGACAUAAUUAAAAAAAUUUCAAAAUCAAAUUAUUUUUCUGUACUUGCCGACGAAACGACAGAUAUUGCACAAAUAGAACAAUUUUCAAUUUGUAUUCGGUAUUUUGAAGAAGAGUUGGUGGUUCUUCGAGAAGAUUUUCUUACUUUUGUACCAGUUCAUGAUGUAACUGGUCUUGGUUUGGCAACCGUUUUACUAAAUGCAUUGAAAGAACUUGGUUUGGACUUGGAUAAACUACGCGGACAAGGUUACGAUGGGGCUGCUACUAUGUCAGGUAACUUUCGUGGUGUUCAGGCAAUUGUGAAAAAGAGCUACCCAAAAGCUUUAUACACUCACUGUGUUUCUCAUUCCCUGAAUCUUUGCUUAUCUGAUGCUGCCAAAACACAAGCUAUUCGUAAUUCAUUUAGUAUUAUUUCUGAUUGUUGUGGUUUUUUCCAUUCCUCAGCAAAGAGAACGACAAUUUUAAAAAAUAAAAUUAUAGAGAUCCUACCUAACACUCAGUCGUUCAAAUUAAAGUCGUUAUGCGAAACUCGGUGGGUUUUACGCCACGAGGCUGUAAUGCUGUUUAAGGAAUUUUUAGAACCUAUUGUCGCCGCGCUUGAACAAAUAGAUUGUGAUUCUUCAAACAGAACAACUAGCUUAUUAAAUACCAUCUGUAAUUUUAAAUUUUUAGUUUCUGUCUGCGUAUCAUCUAAAUUGUUAAGUUAUACUUAUCAUUUAUCAGAAUACUUGCAAACUAAAAAUAUUGAUUUAGUAAAUGCCCUUGAUAGAGUGAAACAGGUAACAAUCCAACUUCAAAUAUUAAGAGAUAAUGCAACUGAUGAAUUUAAUAAGAUUUAUGAAGAAGUCAACCGAUAA